GAACAUUAGUUUACGUGCGUUUAGUAUUUCAGUUUAGUGAAAAACCAAUCAAUUCUAUUAAUCAAAAUGAUUGAAACGGCUCAAUUUUCUCAACCCCCUCCGAAUUUAUCGGCGCCUCCGCCGAAUUUGCAAAUGCCGCCGCCUAAUAUGUCGAUGCCCCCUCCGAGUUUGGGGACACCGACAAAUCCACAAGCUAGGCCACCUUUUCUUAACAAUAAUCAAAAUAGAGUAACGCCACAAACACAUUUUUAUAAACCGUUCCCCGGGAUCUUUCCGAGGGGGCCGACUGGAGGACCCAUGACACAAGAUGAUUUUGACGGGAAAAGACUUAGAAAAUCUGUGAUGAGAAAGACUGUUGAUUAUAAUGCAGCUAUAAUAAAAGUACUACAAAACCGUGUAUGGCAAAGAGACUUUAGAGAUAGGCAAGCCUUACAGCCUGAUCCAAUGUACAUUCCAGACUUACUGCCUCCGCCAAGUUAUCCAGAAAACCCUAUAAAUGCAGUAACGACAAAGUUUGUUAAAACUGCUACAAAUAAAAUGAGAUGUCCCAUUUUCACCUUAGCAUGGACACCUGAAGGUAGACGUUUGGUGACAGGUGCAAGUUCAGGAGAGUUUACAUUAUGGAACGGACUCACAUUCAACUUUGAAACAAUCCUACAGGCGCAUGACACUCCGGUGAGAACCAUGGUCUGGUCGCACAACGACAACUGGAUGGUGACCGGGGAUCACGGUGGCUUCGUCAAGUAUUGGCAGAGCAAUAUGAAUAACGUGAAGAUGUUCCAAGCGCAUAAGGAACCGCUGAGAGGCAUCAGCUUCAGUCCGACCGACUCCAAGUUCGUUUCCUGUUCGGACGACGGAACACUCAGGAUUUGGGACUUCAUGAGGCACCAGGAGGAGAAAGUGCUCAGAGUACAAGUGAACUUUCAAGGCAUUGCUGUAAUUCAAAGUCCUGGAUACAGUUCCAAGUCGGUCAGCUCGGUAUCAAGCAGUAUGAUACCGGAUUUUCAUUUAUUGUUAUCAAAUAUGAUUAAAGCUUUGGCAGUGGCGGACGCCGAAGGGUGCUCCUGGAGGCGCCGAUGGCGCCCCACACAAAGAAAACAACCUCCUCCAUUCAGUGACAGAGAUAAUAGGUUCAUUGUGACGAAUUCCAGUAAUAUCAUACCGAACCGUAACCAGCACCACUCCUCCACCAACUCAUCUCCGUCCUCACAACAAUUAUCCCCAACCAACAACCACCAUCUCAACCAUCACCACGGUUCGGCGCCCGGCAAUAACACUUUGUACCUGAACCACCACUCCACCGCCACAUACAACUCGGGCUCCACUCCGCCGACAUCGAUUCAGCUGAUAUCGAACCACCACGUGUCUCGGAGACAGCAGCAGAUGAUGGGGUCGCAGUUCUCGAAGAGCCCCACUGGCAAUAGUGUACUGAUGCAGAAUCAGCAGAACUAUCAGCAGAACAUGUCGCAUUUGACGAAGCAGUGGUUCCAUCCUGGAGUGACGAGGGAGCAGGCGGCCGCUAUUCUGGUUAAUAGGCAGACGCCGCCGACAGGAGACGGUAUUUUCCUGGUCAGAGAGUCUCGAUCAUCCCCCACUCGUGGUCACUUCGUGUUGACCUACAGACAUGCAGGCAGGGCCUGCCACGCUCACAUCAGGCCAAUGUUGGAGCAAUCACAAAACGACAACACGUCCAACAAUUCCAACACGAGCAACAACAAAAAUGAUUCGAGAAACAACAUUAACAAUUCCUCGAACACAAAAGGUACCAGACAAUCAUCACAAAGUAAUCACGGAUCAAACUGUUGUGCGGGCAAUGUUGUCUAUUCGCUGGACGGAGGGGAAACAAAGUUUUACGAUCUGCAGCAGCUCAUAGAAUUUUACCAGUUGAACACGACCAGUGGUGCUCUACCGGUCAAGUUAACAAACUAUGUGUCUCGAGAUGAUGUAACAAGGCACAGGACACAAGACAGUGGCAGUUAUUAAUUUAAUACCAGCCAAGGAUAUUUUCAGAAAAAAAAAUCAGUCUGUGGUAAGAUACAUACUUUAGUCUAAAUUAUUUAUUUUAGUCCAAUGGAAACGAGACAAGAUCCGUUUGUCGCGACAAUAGAUUCUGAGAACUUGGGAUUUGUUAAUGAAAUAAUUAGCAAUAAUUAAUUGUAUUAAUAUUAAUUUAAUUUGAUAUUUCAUGUUUAUAUAUUUAAGGGAAGAACUUAUUUUUGAAAUAUCACACUUUUAGUAGAUUAAAUCUCAGAAAUUCUAGU